UAUUCGUCAACUCGUCUACCGACAAACCAACCUAGUCGGGGAGGGAACGUGUAUGGUCGAUCACUUUCUCCAAUUUACAAUUUUUCAAAACCUGACCGGCGUGGCCGCUCAAUUGUCACAACCAUAGUUACCGUUGUUUGGUGCGCGCCCGCGUAAGACUGUUCGUUUAACUCGUCUGAAGUUUUUUACACGUCUUUUGAGAAUAACAGCUGUGAUGUACUCAACGUUGGCUUUAGAGUCGUUGGCGUUUGCCGCGUUUGUCGUUAUUGCCGUUUUGCUGCCGUACGUCCGGCGGAAGCAUAACUACUGGACGAGUCGCGGUGUGCCGGUAGCCGCAGGUCAAUCGGUAUUGACUACGUUACCAGUGUGCCGUUUGGACGAAAAGGCUCUGACGGCUUACCGCGAAGUCGUUGUCGACGCUCCGGUAAUGGGUUUGCACGAUGCCGGUAAGCCGUGUGCUUUGGCUUGUGAAGUAAGAGUGGCCUCGGUCGUUCUAGGCAACGAUAGCUUCGUCGAAGACGACGGCACUUCGCCGGCCGCCGGUUUCAGCCGGAUUCCAAACGUACUAACGGAAGACGCGAUGUACACCUUAGCGCCGGUUAUGGCGGAAUGCGUGGCCGAAUUGACCACGUCCAUGGAAGCGAUUGCCAACCGCAGGAUGACUGUGACUCCGAGGGCGAACGUGAAGAGGUGUGCUACCAUUGCCGUGGCCACUUGUGUUUACGGCCAGCCAAUAAUCGACUCGCAGAUGAAGACGUUUGAAGAUAAUUGCGAACAAGCUUUGCGAGCAAGGCGGGACCCGGUAGCCACCGCCAAGCACAUGUCUGCAUACGAGGAGAAAACGUCGGCCAACUGUUUCAAAACAAUUCUGUGCAAGGCCGCCAACACCGAAACCGUUGACUUUGAAGUGCGAUCAGACCUGUUCACUUUUGUUACCUGUGCCAUCGAAUCCACGGCAAAUCUAGUAACAGCCGCUUUGUACGAGUUGUCUCGAGAUCAUCAAACACAAUCUCUACUCAGGGAACACUUGGACUCCGUACUGGACGAACAUUCGACUUCCAUUACUGUGGAACAAAUGGACCGAGUGCCAUACUUGGAAAAUGUAAUACGAGAAACGUUUCGAAAAUAUCCUAUAUCGCCAGUGAUUCGUCGAGUAGCCAUCAAACCGUACACCGUGGAAAAGCAACAGAAAUCAGUGACCAUCGAACCCGGAGUACUUACAUUGGUGCCGGUUCAUGCUUACCAUCACGACAAAAGACAUUUCGCCAACCCCGAAGAGUUCCAACCGCAUCGGUUUCCCGGACAAUUGUCAUCCGCUUACAUGCCUUACGGUAGCGGGCCGCAAUCCUACAUAGGCAAAAACUUUGUGAGCCUGGAGGCUAAGAUGAUUAUUGCAAUGUUAAUUUCUAAGUAUGAAUUCAACGUGAACAGCGCUGAACCCGGACGAACACCAGAUCCGUUUGACAAGUCAUCGUUUGCCGGGGUCAAAGUUCAGUUAUCUAAUAGGCUGCAACGAGACAGGACUUUAGAAGAAUCCUUACGACAUAUUAACGAAAAAAACAAAUUAUUUAAAUUAUUUUAAGGAAUCUACUUAGGAAUCUCUGAGUAGAAGAGGCGAUAUUAAACUAUUAAUUAUUAUUAUUUUUAUUAUUCAUAUUAAAUACUUAUAAUAUGCAAUAUACAUGUAAUGUUAUUUUAUAACGAUUAGGUUAAUGGAUAAAUAGGUUGCCGACAAGACAAUAACUAAUACGCACAUCCAGCUAGUUUUUUAGUAUAGUGUUUAAUAAUAUUAUCAAACAAAAAUUGUCGGCAUCUUUAUUUACAUUAGGUAUAACUUGUGUAAACCAUUUCGUCAUAUUAUGUAAGCUUUUCAUUACCCACCAUACAUUUUUAUAAUUUCACUGUACUCAAAAUUCUCAAUUUUAUAUUUACAAAUGUUAUUUUAUCAAAAUAAAAAU